UUUCACUUUUUUGUAUUUUUGUAUUUUUCUUUCAUUAAGCUCCAUUGCCUAUUUAUAAAUCUUGCAUAUUCUGUAUUUUCAAAUGGUCUUUGGAUGGCAACGGUCCUCAUCCAAGCAGUCGAAUGACAGCAAACUAGUCAGAGAAGCGAUUACUGCUUCGGCAACCGACGCCGCCACCCCGCGGACAAGCAUCAGCUGCAACAACAAUGGGCGUCACCAGAGCUCUCUCGUUCGCACGAACCCGCCCUGUGCGCUGCCAAUGGCGGUUGUAGUGAUGCCAAUUGCUGAGGACGGAUGCGAGGUUGUGCCCCAGUUCUUCCCUGGCUACCAAACUAGCCUGACAGCAUCUAUACAUGGAUUCCACGCUGGUGGCGGUUCUCAGGUUGGCAACAAAUUGCUGAACUCAUCUGCAGAAACAUACCAGCGUCGCGCGGGCAGCGUAAACCUAUUGAGUCUAGGCGUGCUACCUGGAAACCAAAUGCAGGAUCGGCACGAGCCUCGAUCGGAGACGGGCUUUCAUGAAGGAAAUAUCGGGCCUAGACGCAGCUCUAACGGAUCGACAUUUUCUACAACCUCCACUCUUUCGCCGAAACGGCAAACACCCCGUUGCCUGCCUGUCUUGUCCCCAACAAAUAGCGGCGGCAUGCACACUCCAGGCGGCUACUACCACACAAAAACGCCGCAGUGGCCUUUGCUCGAUGAGCGCACCAAUAGCCAGUACGCACCGCCAUGUAUACCGGUGUCAACGACAACAAUCCGAUCGAACGAUUCGCAUGCCAACUGUUACCAACUUCAACAGCAGCAGUAUCAGUACCAGUAUCCGCAGUCAAUUACACCAUCGGGCCACAUCAGCGGCAAGCACCGCUUAUCAGCAACAGUAUGCUAUCAGCAAGGUCCUGAAAGUGCUCUGCAUUGCCCAAAAAAAUACUAUCCAGUCUCGUCGACCACUGCCGCGUAUAUGGAAGAGGAACGGCCGGGAUCUUACUCGCAGCGGCGGCGCGGCGGCAGUGUAAGUGGCAAUAGCAGCAAUGGUAGCAGCACUCUUCAUCAGAAAUGCGGGUGGUAUGCUAGCUCGACGCUCCAGCGCAAUAACACCACCAAAACAGUCACUCAGAAUGACCUCGAUGCGGAUUGCAAGGCCCUGGGAACUCGAGGCAGGCAGGACCGCCGGCUGUCGACUCCGCGCUCGAUUAGCUAUGGCCGACAAUUAUCGCAAGGCCAUGCAUAUUGCACACCGCUGUCAUUGCCAGCGACUCCAGAGGGAGAUGAUGUGGCAAAUACUCCCGAGAUUCGAUACUACAAAUAUCCGCCGCCAUUACCGCUGGCCCAGGGUGAUAUUCGUUCCAGUAUUUCAUCCAUGACCACCAUCGCUGCAUCGGCAGACAAGGCAGGCAUUAAGAGCUACGAUAGCACUGAUGAUAUGCAUAUUAUCAAUGGACUGACACCCAGCGUGAACAAGCCAGGAAACCAGUACGCCUAUCUCCCACCACGGUCAAAAAACUUGGCAAUCACCAACUGAUUUGCCAACAUAUGUAAUGCGCUGUGCGAUGUGCUGUGUGCGUGUGUAAAAUGUAUUAAGGUGUGAGAUGUAUUUAUAUAAACUGUUAC